AUGCAGGAAGGGGGGCUGUGGCCCGAUGCCAGCGCCCUUGCGGUGGCUGUGGGGUCCGUCACUGAGGCCAUCACCUACACCAAAUCUGCCAGCCUGCAUCUGUGGCUGCUGGGCUAUGAGUUUACAGAGACGAUCCUGGUGUUCACAAAAUCAGAGCUGCACGCUAUGGCGGGGCCCAAGAAGACGGACAUCUUGGCGCAGCUCAGCGACGCAUGCGCUGCAGCAGGCGUCACGCUACGGCUGCACCCCAAGCCCAAGAAGGAGGAUGGCUCAACACAGAUCGAGGCGCUGCUGGCAGCCUGCAAGGCUUCUGCUGACACCCCCGUCAUCGGCACCCUGCCCAAGGAGAAGCCACAAGGUGCGGUGCCAGAGGCCUGGCUGGCGGCGGUGGCGGGGUCGGGGCUGGCCACUAGCGACAUGGCUGCCGACCUGGCGGCACUGUUGUCCCCCAAGGAUGACGAGGAGGCCAAGAAUGUGCGCAAGGCGGCCUACCUUGUCUCCAACGCGCUCACCAAGUUUGCGGUGCCGCAGCUGGAGGGCAUCAUCGACGAGGAAAAGAAGGUGCGGCACAGCAAGCUUGCAGACAAGAUAGAGGAGGUGAUCAGUGAGCCAAGCAAAAUGGAGAUCAAGCUCAAGGCGGACUCUGUUGACAUCGCCUACCCGCCGCUGGUGCAAUCAGGCGGCGACUACGACCUGCGCCUGGCCUCUGCCUCCAAGGAUACGCACAUCCAUUAUGGAGUCAUUGUGUGCAGCCUGGGCGCACGGUAUGCCUCGUACUGUGCAAAUGUGGCGCGGACCUAUUUUGUGGACCCCUCCAAGCAGCAGGAGGCAGAGUACGCAGCCCUGCAGGAGGCGCAGGCCGCCGCCGUUGCAGCGCUGGUGGAGGGGGCGCCGAUGUCAGCGGCUUACGAAGCGGUGGUCGAGACACUCAAGGCCAAGGGUCAGGACGCGCUGGUUGACAAGCUGACCAAGAAUGUGGGCACUGCCAUUGGACUGGAGCUGCGCGACACCACACAGCAGCUUAACACCUCCAAUUCUAAGCCUGUCAAGGCAGGCAUGACCUUCAACGUGGCCGUGGGCGUGUCGGGCCUAAUGCGUGAGGAUGCAGAAAGCGAUGCAGGCAAGAGCUACGCGAUGCUGGUGGCAGACACGGUGGUGUGCAAGCCGGGAGGCGCGCCGCCUGAUGUGGCCACCACGCUGGCCCCCAAGGACUGGAAGGAGGUGGCCUACUAUCUCAAGGAUGGCGGUGAGGAUGAGGCGGAGGUUGUGGAGGUGGAGGAUGAUGUGGCGGCCCUGGCGGAGGUGGGUAUGCGCAAGUCGGCACGCACAGAGCAUGUCGACUUCAAGGCCCGAGAGGAGGAGAGGCGGCGGCAGAAGGAGAACCAGGAGGACCUGCUGCAGCGCGUGAACCAGGCCACGCUGGACAUGCUGAGCAAGGGCGGCGCAGGGGGCGGCGCCGGCUCCGGCGUUGGCCGUAAGAUCACCGACAUCCAGGCCUACCGAAGCGUGACAGACAUGCAACACAACAACAGCCUAACGGUGCAGGUGGACCACCGCGCCGAGUGUGUGCUUGUGCCCAUCUAUGGCCAGCUCGUGCCCUUCCACAUCCUCACCGUGCGCAAUGCCUCCAACAACCAGGAUGGCGAGCAUGCCUAUAUCCGGCUCAACUUUAACUUCAGUGGCGCAUAUGAGCCGUGCGCCAAGCACCCCCAGGCUGCCAUCCUCAAGGAGCUCUCCUUCCGCUCCUCCGACAUCCGCCAUGCCGCAAAGGUGGUGCAGGAGAUAAAGGCGCUGCGCAGCGCGGUGAUGCAGCGAGACAAGGAGCGGGCGGAGCGCGCCACGCUCGUGCAGCAGGAGAAGCUCGUGCGCGGCAAGGGUCGCGUGUACGCGCUGCCAGAUGUGUGGAUCCGGCCGGCAUUUGGCGGCAAGGGGCGCAAGGUGACGGGCACGCUGGAGGCGCACUUUAACGGCUUCCGCUACACCUCGCCCAAGGGGGAGGAGCUGGACAUCAUGUACCGCAACAUCAAGCAUGCCUUCUUCCAGCCUGCCGACAACGAGAUGAUUGCGCUGGUGCACUUCCACCUGGUCAACCCCAUCAUGGUGGGCAAGAAGAAGACCAACGACGUGCAGUUCUACACAGAGGUCAUGGACUCAGUGCAGACGCUGGAUGCAGGGCGGCGGUCCAUGUAUGACCCUGAUGAAAUUGAGGAGGAGCAGCGGGAGCGGGAGCGGCGCAACCAGAUCAAUCGCCAGUUCAACCAGUUUGUGAAGCGUGUGCAGCAGGACAUCUGGGAGCGAGACUAUGGCGAUCUCAACCUGGAGUUUGAGGUGCCCUUCCGGGAGCUGGGCUUCCACGGCGUGCCCCACCGCACCAACUCCUUCAUAAUGCCCACCGUCAACUGCCUGGUGGAACUGACAGAGAUGCCCUUCACGGUCAUCACACUGGGGGAGGUCAACCUGGUCAAUCUGGAGCGCGUGGGCUUCAACCUGCGCAACUUUGACAUGGUGUUCAUUUGGAAGGACCUGAACCGGGAUGACUGGCUGACCAGCAUUGAAAUCAAGUACUACGAGUCCAAGGUCAACCUCAACUGGAAGAACAUCCUCAAGUCCAUCAAGGAGGACCCAGAGGGCUUCAUUGAGGACGGCGGCUGGUCUUUCUUGGACGCGGAGCAGAGCGAUAGCGAGGAGGAGGGAGACGAGGAGGAGAGCGACUUUGCACCCAGCGAUGCGGGCGGCGAGAGUGAGGAGGAUGCAAGCAGCGAGGAUGCGUCGAUGGUGAGCGAAGGCGAGGAGGAGAGCGAGUACGAAGCGGAGUCUGAUGAGGAGGCGGGCCUGGACUGGGACGAGCUGGAGGAGCAGGCGGCGGCGGAGGACCGGGAGCGCAGCUUCUCAGAUGACGGUGGCAAUGAGGAGUUUGCACGGAAGCGGAAAUCCAAGGGUGGCGGGGGUGGCGGCGGCAAGAAGCCGCGGCGAUAG